GUUCUGUUCCGCAUUGGCUCAUCUCAAACUCACUUUUCACCUUCCUUUUUACAGAACACUUCACACUCUAAACCCCCCCUUCUCUCCCACACACACACACACAAUUCCUUUCUUCUUUCUACACGUCUCCUCUCUCUCUCUCUCUCACACUCACACUCACACUCACACAAUUCCUUUCUUCCUUGUACUACGUACAAACAUCUCUACAUUCUCUUUCAUCUAAUUUCUGUACUUGUCUAUACCUUUUACUCCACUCUCUCUCUCUCUCUGCAACUAACUCCCAGUAGAAAUGCCGAUCAGAAGCAAAGAAUCGACACCUCCACCCACGAUCGGCAAGAUCGGACCUUACACAGUCUUCGUCACUCCUCCCUCCACUCCCACCCCCAAACCCUCCGUACCCCACUCCGAUUCUCCGACGAAGAAGGUCCCAUCUCCGCCGCUUCAGCCCCGGACGCCGCCGCUUCAGGCUCCGCUGCCUCCGGUUCAGGCUCCCCCGCAGCAAUUUCAGAAGCCAGCUCCGUCAGACGGCUCGGCCUUUGGAUUCUUCUGGAGCGCAGUCGCCAAAGUCCAGAACGCUCAUUCAAGUUUGGAUGAGUACGUGGCGCAUUGGUUUGGGUUAAAUCAAUCAAAGUACCAGUGGGCUUUAAAUGAUUAUUAUGAAAGCAAAGGAGUGGAUCAGGUAGAUGCAAAAGCAAAAGAUAUAUCUAGCAAAGUACAAACCGUGUAACAUGCAUGUUGGCCAGGAAUUUUGUCAAGGUCACCUGCAGUCUUUCCUUUGGGUACUUCAUCUAUAUGCCUCAACGCUAAAUAAAUGAAGCGCCUAUUGAUCCAUGAAGGGACCUUUCUCUUUACAAAGUAUGUUGUAUCAUCUAAUAGUCUUCUUGUGUUUUUAGGCUAUGGGUCUUGUAACCAGUUGAAGCUAGCUUCUUUUUGUCCAGUCCUAUCUAUUUCAGCUAAGCUUUGUUCAUGUCUUUUGUUUGGCAAAGCCACCCCCUAUAGAUUAGUAUCAUUACCCGAGUGAUGUACUUUUGAUCUUGAAUGCUUGAAGUACUGAUACCUUUAACUAUAUUUAAAGCAGUAAUUUGCUACCA